CAUUCAUCGUCCAAUCUCUUUCCUACAUCCUACGGAAACAGAAAGACACGGAACUAUUGAUUCCCAGAAACAACAUUCUUACUCAUUACAUGCAUAAAGAUUCAUUCCAGAACAAUUGGGUAUUCUAAAAAACUGAUCUUUCUUUAUAGAGAUGCCCUCACCAAAUCUUGAGAAAACACUUAAUUUUGAAUAGGUGUGGGAGAGAAUUGAGAAGGGGAAAAAAGAGGGUGUGUUGGGCUGCAAUAUGUUUAGGUGCAAGUGCUUCCGUUGGAGCAGAAUUUCAGAUCUCUCGUCUCGAGAACCUGACACAUUUCUUCUGCCUGCACCCCUCCCACAAUGGCCUCAAGAAUGUUCAGCUACAGGGUUUGCUAGUGGAAUAAUUAAACUAGGGGAAUUGGAGGUUCAUAAAAUUAGCAAGUUUGAGUUUGUCUGUGGUUGUAAUCUGUCACAAGACCGGAAACAGGGUGUUAGCUUUUAUAAGCCAAGGGGGGAGUCAGAUGGAUUUUUUAGCCUUGGCCACUACUGCCAACCUAACAACAAGCCUCUACGAGGGUAUGUACUUGUUGCUCGGGAAGUGGCUAAACCUGAGGCAGGGGAUCAUUGCAAUGGAAAUCCUUGUUUGCCUGCACUUCAGAAUCCCCUAGAUUACACGUUAGUCUGGAGUAGUUCUGAUGUUGAAAGUGAAGAAAACUUUGAUGGAUCUGGUUACUUCUGGUUACCGCAACCACCUGAAGGUUAUAAAGCAUUGGGGUUCAUUGCGACUAAUAAGCCUGUUAAACCUGAGUUAGGGGAAGUUAAAUGUGUUCGAGCUGACCUCACUGAUGAAUGUGAAACUCACCGCCUGAUACUCAAAACCAGCUCUGUGCUUUCAGAAGUACUGGCAGUUUGGAGCAUAAGACCGCGGCAUAGAGGAAUGCACGGGAAAGGUAUUUCAGCUGGUACCUUUUUCUGUAGUUGCUAUUGGAGCACGGGGGAAGAGCUAAGCAUCGCAUGCUUAAAGAGCUUUGAUACGAGUUUACAAGCAAUGCCAAACCUUGAUCAGAUUCAUGCGAUCAUUAGGCACUAUGGUCCUACUUUAUUUUUCCAUCCUGACGAGGUCUAUCUUCCGUCUUCUCUACAAUGGUUCUUCGACAACGGUGCAUUGCUCUAUACGAGAGGUGAUUCAGUUGUUAAGCCUAUCGAGCCUGACGGAUCCAAUUUACCUGGCGGUGGGACAAAUGAUGGCCAAUACUGGAUUGAUUUGCCAAGCGAUGUUCGAAGAGAGAUUGUCAAGUUUGGAAAUUUACAGAGUGCAAAACUUUAUGUUCAUGUGAAGCCAGCCUUAGGUGGAACUUUCACGGAUAUAGCGAUGUGGAUUUUUUGCCCCUUUAAUGGUCCAGCCACUCUGAAGGUAGGCCUAGUGAAUGUUCCUCUUAGCAAAAUUGGUCAGCAUGUAGGUGAUUGGGAGCAUUUCACUCUUCGAGUGAGCAAUUUCACAGGGGAGCUGUGGAGUAUCUAUUUUUCUCAGCACAGCGGUGGUGAAUGGGUGGAUGCUUAUGAUUUGGAGUUUAUUGCAGGAAAUAAAGCUACUGUUUAUUCAUCAAAAAAUGGUCAUGCUAGCUUUCCUCAUCCUGGAAAUUACAUGCAAGGGUCCUCAAAGCUAGGGAUUGGAAUUAGAAAUGAUGCUGCCCGUAGUAAUCUUUACGUAGAUUCAAGUACCCAGUAUGAAAUUAUGGCAGCAGAGUAUCUCGGCCAUGGAGCUGUCAGUGAGCCAUGUUGGUUACAAUAUAUGAGAGAGUGGGGUCCAACCAUUAUUUACGACUCAAGGAAGGAGCUUGAGAAAAUUGUAGAGCGCUUGCCAGUGAUGGUCCGAAACUCAGUGCAGAAUAUUUUUGAUAAGUUGCCAGUGGAAUUGUUUAAGGAGGAAGGCCCUACUGGGCCAAAGGAGAAGAACAAUUGGGUUGGAGACGAAAGAUGGUAGCACUUUUCUUUUUCAUAUGAUAUGAUUAUAUACUCUUGCCGGCAGAUGAGAGUUGGCUUGUUGGAAGUCAUGUUGUAACAUUGUGUAUAGAUUCAACUUAAUUGAUGACUGUCGAUUGUCGAAGUGUGAGGUGUUACCUUAUGACUCGACUGUUCAAACAAGUUAAGCACACAAGAUGUAAUGGAAGUAAGAGGUGGAGAAAUGGGCUUUGUAGUUGCUUUAGUUUAGCACUUUGUGAGGACUACUUUGAGGAUCCCACAAGCUCAUAGUCCAUAGCAGGAGGAGUUAUGUUGAUUCUUUGGUUAUCUGCACAAGGGGAUCAGAAUACACUACUGAUAAAUCAAGAGGGUAUUAACCACGCGGUAAUCCUUCACCUUAGAGUAAUGAUUCUUGAUCUCUUGUUAUGGCCAUUUUCAUUCUUGCAACUAUCGCAAUGUGCUGCUUCUCUUUCAUUGUGGCAUCAGGUUGUUCUUUGCUAUAUGAGCAAGUUAUGCCAAUAUAUAAUGUUUGGCAUUGACGGUCUCCCAUGUGUCCCACUAAGCUGGGGAGGCAGACACUUAGGAGAGUGAUGUUUGGUUCGCUGACAAAGUUAUGCAGAGUUCACAGUUGAGUUGUGAUAUGGGGAUUAAUAAUCACUGGAUUAUUUAGUGCUAAUGAUUUUUUAGCGGAUGUUUAGUUCAUUGCAUCAAAAACUGGAUGUACUGUGUAUAAUACAAAGUUCACAAAUUUACCCUUGUUAGAGUAAAUAAAAAAUGGAAACAUGAAAUCGAGGUUA